AGAUCAAGGGUUUAUCAAUAUGUAUUAAUGGUUUGGAAUUUAUAUAAACGAAGAGGGUCUUAAUCCCCCUUUUAAUUAUUGGUAGUCUGAAAUUUGGAUAGUUACUAGCCCAAUCUUUGAGUGAUUGGAGAGCAAAACAAAAACAAAAAACAUGCACCUAAUUCCUUUUAUAUCCUUUGAUUGAAUAUGCAUACAUUGGUUUAUGAAAUCAAUUAUUUCUUUGAUGGUCUUCGUUGACAAUCUAUAUUCAAAAAAAUAAAAAUACAGUGAAGUUCCUGCACAGAAGAAACUGGAUUUUUUUAUGGCUGCAAUUUCCCUUGUGCACAAACGAUUGCAAAAUCACAAACAUAGAAGUGAUUCAUUUCAAGUUUUAAUUACCCCCUUACGUGAUAUUAACACAUUAAACGGAAGAUAUACAUAUUUGAACUUCUCAAACUCUUUUUUGUAAAAGAUUCAAUAUAUCUCUUCUAUUUGUGGAAGAGAAGUUUUCAAAAAAAAAGUACGAUAAGGAGUAUUUUUUUACUUUCAUUGGUAUUUGUGUUGAAACAAAUAUGGGUAGACAUAAGUCGAAGAAGAAUAUUAAACCCAAGACUCCAAGGGUUUAUAAGCACAAGGUUAAGCGUGAGGAUAGUCUGUCUGAUCAAAUUGACUGUGAUGACGAUGACGAUGACGAACCUUAUGAACCAGACCCGUGGCAGAAAAAGGGUUCAAUUUCCACCAACUCUAAGACCAAGCCAAAGAAAGAUAAAAUUGCCCCUAGAUCCAGUUUACAAUUUAAAGUUGGCCCUUCCUUUGAAAAAGUAUUGAUCGAUACACCUCUUUAUAGUAGAUCCUCAGGAGCAACAAUAACUCCUGUAAUUAAUUCUAGAGUUGAUCGUGGGUUUGAUCUUAUAGAUGGAGAAUGGAUAGGAUAUAAGAGGAACUAUUUUACAUUGGUUACUGCAUUUGAGUUCAAAUAUCACAGUAGAAAGCAGGUUUUAAAUGAUUCAUUUUUUGUGAUGGAUUCUGAUGGUCGCUUGGAAAUUAAAUUUUUUGCAUUAAGAAUUGUCUCAAAAUGUGUUGAGGAUGGCAUCAUGGUGAAUCUUAUUCAGCACACGGCGAAACGAGACAAGGGUCCACAGAUUCUGCCACCUGUGUACCCUUCUGUUCCCGGAACACUACCCACUCAUUUCACAAUAAAAAGUGCUGCAAAUAUUAGAAAUGAUGCUAAAAUCGCUCAUCUAAAUAAAUUAUUCUUUCUUUCCAGUGAUGAGGCAAUGCAUGCAUCUCCAAAUAAAUUAUUAAGUACUUAUCCAAUUGGACCUAUAUCUAUUGCAGCGAGGUACGAAAGGAUUCAAUUUUCCACCUCAAUCAAUUGCCGCAAAUAUUCAACAGUCAAUAGACAUUUUAUAUUGACAGUGCAAUUACUUGGCUUUUUUGAUGACGAUAAAAGUGUUAUAUUAGCACAUUCAAGUACCCCUGAAUUAGUUAUUAGAGGUAGAUCUCCUUCAAACUAUCAACUAGAGUUAUUGAAUUCAAAUAAUAGAUCAGUAAACUCGAAAACAAGUGAUCCUAAUGGAGUUGAGACUUCACCAAUGACUGAUCGAACCUCAUCAGUAUUGCAACCAAUUCUGCUUAAUUCUGUCACUAGAGAUGAUCAUCAAAUGAAUAACAAGAGAGUUACUGAAGUAAGUCCAAGAAAACCUAAAAAAAGUAGAAAGGAAAUGCAAGAUGAAGAAUAUGAUUUAUAUCACUAUACACCACAAAUGUCUUUAAUGAUGAAACAGGGGGAAAGGAUCUCUAAACGUCGCAAGAAGAGAAUUGAUGACAUUGAGAGUAGUCAACUUCUUAAACCAAUCUGGGAUUCUAAUGAAUUUGCGGAUGACUUAUUAAUGACCCAAGAUGAAUAUGACUGUACAUUUGAACGGGAACAACUACAUCAGCAUGAAAUCAAACAUGCAAUCCCGAAUUACUUUGAGGAUGAAUUUCAAUCGACUCCAAAAAAUAUCAUAUAUAAUGAAGGUAGACCAAGCUCUCUGAAUCAUUAUGUUCUUGAGCACUCCAAGAUUUCACAGGAAUACUCUAAAGAAAAAUUACAAGACGAUAAUGAAGAAAAGUCAUUCAAUGAGAUAAAUAAUUAUUGUAUAUCCAAGAGAAACUAUAUAUUAGAACUGAGUUUUAUGCCCGAAUGUGAGAUUGAUGAGGAUGAUCCGGAAGAGGAUAGUUUCCUAAUAUUCCAAAGAGAUUUUGAAGAAGCAAGACGUCAAGUAUUUAAUGUGCCAAAAAGUCAUUAGAAUAGAUGCAACAAACUAAAUUUCUU